CGUGGCAGGCACUACGAUGACGUCAUUUUCACACCGAAAUCACGCAGAGGCUAUCGGGAAGAAAGGUCAAGAAUUGGUCGGUGGGGAAAAAAGCUCCGACCCACCACGAAACACACAAACAAUACGGUGUGAAUAGCGACCAUCUUGUACGAUUUGUUUACCUUUACUUUCAGUUUAACACAGCGGGAGUUUACACUAGCAUGGGUGUUUUCGUAUGUUAUCAAAGAAAGCUAGCUAGUGUUAGCAAGCUAGCUAGCAGCGCUAGCAUGCUUGUUUUUGUUUUGUCGUAGUAGUACGUUCCUCCAAGUGGAUUCCCAUUUCCACGCAAACCGCUCGAGUGAUGUUAUCUUGUUCCUGUCGGGAAAAUGGAUGAGAAGUCCAGCAGCCACCACAGGCUCCUGGUGGUCCUGCUCAUGGCGCUGAUCUUCGGCGUCAUCAUGAUCCAGUACGUGUGCCCGAGCAGGUCCGAGUGCCGGAUGCUCCACCGGCUGGGCUCCUGGCUCAGCGUGGCCGGUGCCGCUGGGACUCCCGGUGAUCUCCAAGAGCAACGGGAUCCUUACAUUGCAGAAGACGGCGCCCUGGUGCGUUUUAUCCCACGCUUCAAUUUCACCCAAAAUGACUUGAAUCGCGCGGUGGAUUUUAACAUAAAAGGAGACGACGUGAUUGUGUUCCUGCACAUCCAAAAGACGGGGGGCACCACGUUCGGUCGCCACCUGGUGAGGAACAUCCAGCUGGAGAGGCCGUGCGAGUGCCAUGCCGGCCAGAAGAAGUGCACCUGUUACCGGCCUGGAAAGAAGGAGACGUGGCUCUUUUCACGGUUCUCCACAGGCUGGAGCUGCGGCCUUCAUGCGGACUGGACCGAGUUGACCAGCUGCGUCCCGUCACGGAUGGACUCCAGGGAAGCCCCCAAGGCCAUGCUGAGGAACUACUACUACAUCACCAUCCUGAGAGACCCGGUGUCACGCUACCUGAGCGAGUGGCGUCACGUCCAACGCGGCGCCACCUGGAAGGCGUCCUUGCACGUGUGCGACGGACGUUCCCCGACGCUGUCCGAGCUUCCCAGCUGCUACCCGGGAGACGACUGGUCGGGCUGCACCCUGCAGGAGUUCAUGGACUGCCCUUAUAACCUGGCUAACAACCGGCAGACGCGCAUGCUAGCUGACCUGAGCCUGGUGGGAUGCUACAACGUCUCGGCCAUGAGCGAGGACGAGCGUUGGGCGGUGCUGCUGGAGAGCGCCAAGCGUAAUCUCCGCGGCAUGGCCUUCUACGGGUUAACCGAAUACCAACGCAAGACGCAGUACCUGUUUGAGCGCACCUUCAACUUGGAGUUCAUCGAACCUUUCACACAGCUCAACGGCACGCGGGCCUCCAGCGUCGACGUCCCGGUUGAGACGCAGCGUCGAAUCCGCCAGCUCAACCGAUGGGACGUGGAGCUCUACGAAUACGCCCGCGAUCUUUUCCUGCAACGCUUCCAGUUCGCCCGGCAGCAGGAGCGCCGGGAGGCCAGGGAGAGGCGGCAGCAGGAGAGGAGGCGGCGGCUGCGCGGGAGACUCGGAAUCAAGAAGCCCACAGCGACGCCCCCUACGCUUGACCGACAUCUUGUCGUAACCGAGUCGGUACCACGGUCUGAGGAAGACGCAGUGGAGUCCGAGGGUUUGAUGCCGGUGUGGUGGGAGCUGGAUGAGAACGGCACCGUGGAGGACUACGUGGACAACGUGGAGCAGUGGAAAUGAAAUGACUCUUUUUAAAUAAUGGAGGUUCUUAAAAAAAAAAAAAAAAAAAAAAAAAAAAAAAAGAGGCCUUACUUUUAGUUAUUAUGGAGCAGCACCUUGACAUAAAAAAAAAAAAAUACAUAAAACGGCUGCAAAAGGUAACAUUUACAGAAUAUUUCUGUUAUUUAUAAUUGUACAUUGUCAAUAAUCAUUUCAAAACAAACACGUUAUAUUAUAACUAAUUAAUCCUACUGUGAUUUUAUUAUACUGUGAUGUUUCUUUUUGUAUUAAUUUAUACAUUUUGUGUCCUAGAACCACAUUAUGCAAAUGACUGAUUCAUGUAAAAUCAUUUCGGGGAUGAUUAUUUCACGAUUAAGCUGAACAUAUAUUGAUCAUAAGCGACUCAGGCAGAAAUCAAAGAUUCUUUUGAAUCAUCUUGACUUUUUUGCCUUUCAAUUGUGAGCAUUGCCUUCAAGUCGUUUAUCGUUACAGUACCGCGUUAUUAUUAUUAUUAUUUUUUAUAAUGAACAACGUAAUACCUUUUUUUUUUUAAUGUCAAAAAGCAAUGUUUUUCUAAGUGUCUCAAAUGCAAACAUUGACAAAUGUAGCUUUUUUUUUAUAACAGGAAAUGGAUACCUCAAUGUGUAGUCUAACUGAUACUGUAAAGUAACUGAACUUAUCAUGCAUAUUUUGUUGUUUUUUUUAUAUAUAUAUAUACACAUAAAAAAAUAACCUUUUAACUCAGUCAAGUGUGCUUAUUUUCUAUAGUGUAGUUCCCUGGAAUUACCACCAGAGGGUGCUCAAUUCAAACUGACAGCAGCAGCAUCAUUUAACAGUAUACCAAAAUAUAACAAUCACCGAUUUGAAAUUAAUCAUGAUUAAUCACCAUUUGCCACUAUGUGUGAAAUAUGCAUUUUAUAAAGACGGACUAUUAGGAUCACAUUGAAAGAAAAU